AUGGCCCAAAUCCAGAUCAACGAUUACAGAGGCACCAUGAACGUGAGCGAACUCACUCCCGGGGCACAAGAGAUCCUCGAAUCAGUCAAGGCUUUCAUGAGGGGGCCAACACCACUACCAUUCGAAAUUGAGAGAGAGGGCGGCUUCCUAGGUCAGCUGAACAUCAGAAUUUGGAACACCAGCAGCCAAAGUCUUAGUGGGAAGGUCUUCGCUUUUCGGGUGGAGCAGUGUGCCCGCGUCACACCGGAGGGAUACCUGGAAGAUGGAGGGUGUUGUGGACAGGAAGAGGCGGAAGUGGACUCCAGUCGGUUCGAGUUUGAGCAGGUGGUCGCUCAAUUGGAGUUGGACGAGGAACUUGAGCAGGAGGACGUGGUGGAGAUGGUCAACCAGCUGAUAUCGAAGGUCCUUGAGUUAGCGUCGGAAAAGGAGCCGGAGACAACGAUUCUAGAUGGUGGGGAGGGAGGCUCCAGCUAG